GUUCACUGCCUCUGACUGAAAGCACGGAGCGCCUCCACGAGCUUCCCCACAAACUGCUCACCACAAUCCCGGUGAACACGGCUAACGUUCCCGUCGAUCAAACUCCGGAUCCCGCCUCGCUCCCCGCCGUGUGCACCAUGUCGUCUAAAAGUCAUCCCCCCCUCAUGAAGAAGCACAGCCAGACGGACCUGAUCAGCCGUCUGAAGAGCAGGAAGAUCCUCGGGGUCGGCGGCGAGGACGAUGACGGGGAAGUGCACCGCUCCAAGAUUAGUCAGAUGCUCGGAAACGAGUUGAAGUUUGCGGUGCGAGAGCCGAUCGGGUUGAGGGUUUGGAUUCUCGUCUCUGCUGUUGGUUUCACACUAAUGGCCAUAACGGCUCUGGUGUUUCCCAACCAACUCUACGAGCUUGUUUUCGAGGAGGAGCUUUCCACAACGAGCAUCUCUGUUCGCCUUUAUGGAGCAGCGCUGCUCAGCCUCGCCCUCAUUAUGUGGAACGGGCUCUACACGGCAGAAAAGGUCAUCAUCCAAUGGACUCUGCUCAGUGAAGCCUGCUACUUCGCUGUCCAGUUUCUAGUGACGUGCGUCACCCUGAUAGAGAUCGGCAUCCUGCCCAGCGCCGCCAUGCUGCUGCUCCUCAGUCGAGUCCUCUUCUUCGUGGUCACCGUCGCGUACUACUACCACCUGGGCCGCAAGCCCAAGAAGAUCUGAGCCGACGGCGGCGCUUCGGCGAGGGAUGUUUCAGCACAAAUCACAGCUGGGGGUCGGGGGGUCCAACUGCUUUGUAAGUAAAAGGCCUCACACCCUCUUUCUGUGGGACCCGGCCUUCUACAAACCCCACCAAAGUGAUAUUUAACAGACGAGCAGAGCGUCACAUCGCCACCGACGGACACAACGGGAACCAGUUGUGAGCGGCUGGGCUUCACACACAUUCCUCCUCUGCGUAGUUUUGAGUGCUGGACGCUGCAUCUGUGUGAAACUUUAAAGUGUACAGGAAAGACGAACCACCUGUCAGUGUUUCUCCACAGCUAUAUGAUGUCCAGGUGAAGUGUUUGGUGUUUUUCCUUUCAGCUAACUACCGUUUCCUUUAUCACGCUCAAGGGUUUGUGCUAUUUGUUGUUUUCUUUUGGACGUGAACUCAUAUGUUGUAUGUGAAAACGCGAACUGCCUUCCUCCGAAUUUCCUAGAAAAAUCAUUAGCUGUCUGCUUCAGAUGAGAUCAAUGCUGGAUUACUGACACACACAAAAAAAACUGAUGGGUUGAGUAUCCAGAAACUCUGCUCACCCGUUCAAUCAAGACUAUUAAUCAUUUUACCGUUUAGUCUAAAAAUUGGUGUGUUAGUUUUGAAACUUGUCAGGCUUUAAGCUGGGAGUUUUUAAAAGCACAACUGACUGUCAUGCUGUUAUGUGAACCUGUGAGGUGAAUCGUCCCAGAGAAACCAUACAGUUGUCUCUAUUAGGAGGAACCUUAACCUGACUGACUGGCAAACCCUUCAUGUGUAAUUAGCGAGUCAAAUCAAGCAUGUCGCGUGCUUGAUCAACACAUAAUAACCUGUUAUAAUCUCUUAGUUAUGUAGCAUAGCUUGUUUUUUAAUGCCAUGCACCAUAUCCAUAGUCUUGCCUUAAAACAACUUUAAAGAACACUUGUAAAUAUGUAAAUAAGUAUUUAAUAUUGAGUGGCGUUCUUGUGAACCAAACAGGGAACUUGUUCAGUAUUAGUCAAUAAUUAUUAAAGGUUAAUCCUUCUCUAAGUUAAUGCGUCUUAUUUUUGUACCUAUUUAAAUCACAUUUUGUUCAGUCGUUUGCAACCCUGGUGAAGAUCUGUAGGAAAGCUUUUAGAUUAAAAACACAUUUUCAAUGGUGAGGAAAAGUUCGUCAUACGCCAACAGGUGAUAAAUAGAACAAUGACUACAAAUACAUGUACAGGAAUUAAUAAUAAACACAAUAAAUAAAAUUGCAGAACCCAUCAAAAAAAAAAAAAAAAUUUAAGUUCAUAAAAAAAAAAUCCAUAAAAUAGAAGAGAACAAUGUUUGAAAACAAUAAAAACAUCUUCAUAGAUAUUUUAAUGAACACUGGAGCCCAAACUGUUAAUGUUACUAAGAACAUGUGGAAAAAUCUUUGACAUCUUUUAUUAUAUCCUGAGCAGCUUUUAUAUAUUCCUCUGAUAUUUUGAUGAAUUAUCUUUGAUAAGUGACGUAUCAUCUAUCGUUACCAUUGAUGGAUAAUUAUAGAUCAUCUAUCAGAUGGAAGUUAAAACUCUGGCUGCUCUAAAACAUUAAUAUUAUUUCCAGACAGAACGUUGGUCAGCAGAAUACAGAUUUAAAAUCUUAAAACAAUAAUCUGUAUCUAAAAUAAAUAGUUGUUUUAAACAUUUGUGAGCUUUAGAAAGGCAGUUUUUCAUUAUUUUUAAAUCUUCUCUAAUAUCCACUCUACUCAGCAUUUUCUGCCCGUCCAGCCUCUUUGGUCACAGUUUUUUAUUUUUGUUUUUUUUUUUUUUACUUUUUAUUGGAGAACCAGCUGACUAAUGGUUUUCUUUUCUGUUCUGAUGUGACGCAUGGCUAAAAGAAAUGGGCACAUUAUAUUUACACCCAAAGCAAACAGGAAGUCAUAAACAAGCAGACACUGAAAAACUGAAAUGGAAAAAAAAAAUCUCUAUUUUUGUAGGAAUUAUCACUUUAAGAAACAAUUAUUUGAAGCUUAAGCGUUUUACACGUCUCCAACAGGGAUCCAAAACAUGCAGAGGAUGUUAUACAUUUCGUCACCAAACUAAUAUGUCACAGCUUUAGUAGCCAUCCUAUCAGAUUUAUUGAUGCAAUAACCAAAAGAAUAUUCUUCAAACAGUUUGCUUACCUAAGCAGAUAUUUAUAUACGUAUUUAUACAUGUUUCUAUCUGGAAUGCUUUACUGAGAGUUGAAACUGCUCAUUUGUCAUGACAAAUCAGACGUUUUCGUCAGUUUGAAACUUGAAAAUCAAGAUGGAUUCAGACUAUAAGCGAGUUUCUUCGGUGGUGGUCCACCAGGUUUCCAGUGGCCACAUUAAGUCCUGCGCCAGAAGGGAGAGGUUCUGCGGUUCUCUCUUUUUUUUUUUUUUUUUUUUGCUUUUUCGGGUCGGCAGCUGCAGAUUCAGCACUGAAGGGAAAUGUGCGCCGUCCUCACCCAUGUUUCAGCUCAGAUGGGGGAAACUGAAACACGGGUGAGGUCUCCUGCACCCCUAAAAAGCCGUAAUUAUGCUUUUUUUAUUUUUAUUUUUGCAGGGUUUAAUUAGAAGCAGCUCUCUCCCGAGUGACAUUGUGUUCCCCAACCUUUCGCUGCACCGCUUUGCGCUGACUGGCAUAAUUAUGGAGUAACAAAAAAAAGUGUCGUUCCGUUUCCAUCAGUGCUGCAGGCCUCAAACGAUCAGCCUGGUGAAAUGUUCAAAGGUCUGCAAGGCAGGUCUAUUUUUGGAGAGAACAGCAAUUUUGCCGAGGAGGGCAGAGGAGAGGAGGCAGAGCAACUCUUUCAUCAUCCCUGCUGUCGUAAAUUAGAAAUAUGAAACUGGAAACUAGUCUUCAAGUCUGAAAAUAGUGCAAAAAUGCUUCAUUCCCUCACAAUGUUACGGACGGCGUGUGUUGUUGAUCUGUUUUAAAUUGUAGCAAAGUGUUUUCAUGUAUAUAUGUGGGAUAUUGUACAUGAUAAAUUAAUUGUGGUUGAAUUCUGAUUAUUAGUUUGAAAUAAAAACACUUGUUUAUUAUUGGAA